AAACACAAACAAAAUUUGCCACAGUUACACGUGCGUGGAAACAAAUUAUACGUCCAGAGUAUCACAGUAUGAAAUUUCCAUUAUUCCUGAAGAUAUGCCCACCAAAAGCUGCUGUCAUGUACACAUUUAUUACUAAGUCUGAACUGUUUUGUUUUAUGUCUGUGAUACUGUUUUUCCUGGACUUUUGUUCUACAAUAGAUGUGAAAGCUCAAAGAGAAAAGUACAUUCCAGAUUAUAGUGUUUAUCAUAAUUUUUCUAUGUUUCAAAGGGAAAUAACUCAGAUUGUUAAAAGAAAUCCAAACUUUAUGAGAAUUGAGAAAGAAUAUGAAUCAAGAAAAAAAAAUUCACAACUAGUUCUCCAUAUAACAAACUUCACAGGAAGUUUCAAUACCCAAAUCUCAAAAUAUACAGAGAAUUCCAGACUUAAAAUUUUAUUUUCAUUUGGUGUUCAUGCAAGGGAAUUUUUACCAACUGAAAGCUUGUUAUACCUAUUGAAAAAUUUAACCAGAGGACUUACAUUUCCAUAUGGAAGUUUUGAGGAACAGUUUUCACGGUACAUUUUAUCUCAUAUAGAUAUUUAUAUAAUAUCUGUAGCUAAUCCUGAUGGAAGGCUUUAUAUUGAAUCUACAAACAAUUAUUGUUGGAGAGGAACUGAGACUGGCGUAGAUCUGGAUAGAAAUUUUGACUGGGAGUACGGAAGAAAAGGAAGUUCAUCAGAUCCUAAAGAUGAAGAAUACAGAGGUCUCCAUAAAUUUUCAGAGCCUGAAUCUUUAGCAUUUACAGACUUGACAGAAAAGAUUAAAUUUGAUCUGUUUGUUUCUUUUCAUUCUGGUAUUAAACAUAUAUACAUUCCAUUUGCAGAUACAAAGUCAAAGAAGAUCGGAAGACAAGUUGAUAACCUUGAUGAUAUGUUAGAUUUAGCUAUGGAGCUAUCCCAUUGUACAAAGUAUACAUAUAAAUAUGGUCAAGCAUAUAAGUUAAAUGAUUAUACGGCUGAUGGAACUAUAUUUGAUUUUAUGGCUGGAGUUAGAAAGAUUCCUUUCUCAUAUACAGUGGAACUAUGGGGGCAAAAUCACAAAGGAUCCAGCUGUUUUGAUUUGUUUAAUCCACCAAAUGAACAUUUGAAGGAUGUUUUAGAAACUAUUCACCCAUUAUAUGUUCAACUGUUUAAAUACAUGAUAAAUUGGAAAUCAAGUCAAGUUAGACAUAUAACAGAAGAUUUUAAUGAAGAAUCAUCACUGAAUUUUGGUUACAUUCUAGUAAUGCUUUCUGCCUGUUUGACAUUUUUUGUGUGUUUAUCUGGUAAAAAUAGAUUUCAUCACAGAAGGAGGAUUGUUAGCCUUAAAUCAUUAGGGUCCUCAUUUUCAGCUUCGUUUAUGAAAGCAUAAUAUAUAGUUAUACAUGUAUCAUUAAAUAAAUUAUUUAUAGUAUUGUUAAUAAAAAUUAUUAAAACUGAAA